AUGGCCCCCGCGGCGAAGAUGGUGCUGGGCAACGCUGCGAGGAGAGCGGGAGCUGCUCCCGCGCCCCUGGGCGUCUGGAGACCUUUCCCCUCCUCCUGCUGCUGCUGCUUCUCCUCGCUCCUGGAUGUGAACAGCUGGGUGCUCUUCUACGGCUUCUUGUACCUGGCCCUCUAUGCCCAGGUGUCCCAGUCCAAGUCCUGCGACAAAAUCUCUUGCUUCUCGGGUCAUUGUGUCAACUCCACCUGUGUCUGCGACCAGGGCUGGGUGGGAGACCAGUGUCAACAUUGCCAGGGCAGGUUCAAGUUAACAGAACCUUCUGGAUAUUUAACAGAUGGACCAAUAAAUUAUAAAUAUAAAACUAAAUGUACAUGGUUAAUUGAAGGAUACCCAAAUGCAAUAUUAAGAUUAAGAUUUAAUAACUUUCACAGAAUGUAGGCCACAGAAUGUAGUUGGGACCAUAUGUAUGUAUAUGAUGGAGAUUCAAUAUAUGCACCUUUAAUAGCUGUAUUUAGUGGUCUAAUAGUCCCUGAAGUGCGUGGAAAUGAAACUGUUCCUGAAGUAGUUACUACAUCUGGCUAUGCAUUGCUACACUUUUUUAGUGAUGCUGCUUACAACUUAACUGGAUUUAACAUUUUUUACUCAAUUAAUUCUUGUCCUAAUAACUGCUCAGAACAUGGAAAGUGUACAACCAGUGUGUCCGUACCAAGCCGAGUGUACUGUGAGUGUGACAAGUAUUGGAAAGGAGAAGCCUGUGAUAUUCCAUAUUGUAAAGCCAACUGUGGCAGUCCAGAUCAUGGGUACUGUGAUUUGACAGGCGAGAAGCUGUGUGUUUGCAAUGAUAGCUGGCAAGGUCCAGAUUGUUCUUUGAAUGUCCCUUCCACGGAGUCUUACUGGAUUCUACCAAAUGUAAAGCCAUUCAGCCCUUCUGUGGGACGGGCUUCCCAUAAGGCAGUCCUCCAUGGGAAAUUUAUGUGGGUGAUUGGUGGAUACACUUUUAACUACAGUUCAUUCCAAAUGGUGUUGAACUACAAUUUGGAAAGCAGUAUAUGGAACGUAGUACCUGUAUCCAAAGGGCCACUCCAGAGAUAUGGACACACUCUUGCUUUAUAUCAGGAAGACAUCUACAUGUAUGGAGGCAAAAUUGAAACAAAUAAUGGCAAUGUUACUGAUGAGCUGUGGAUUUUCAACAUACACAGUCAAACAUGGAGUACCAGAACUCCUGCAGUACUUGUACAUGGCCAACAAUAUGCUGUGGAAGGUCAUUCAGCACACAUAGUAGAGCUGGACAGCAGAGAUGUGGUUAUGAUUAUCAUUUUUGGAUAUUCUGCCAUAUAUGGUUACACAAGCAUUGUGCAAGAAUACUACAUCAGGUCUAACUCUUGGCUCGUACCAGAAACAAAAGGAGCAAUUGUGCAAGGUGGAUAUGGCCAUACUAGUGUCUAUGAUGAACUGACAAAAUCUGUUUAUGUCCAUGGUGGAUACAAAGCAUUACCUGGCAAUAAAUAUGGUUUGGUGGAUGAUCUUUACAGAUAUGAAGUUAAUACUCGGACAUGGACUAUUUUGAAAGAGAGUGGCUUUGCAAGGUAUCUUCAUUCAGCUGUCUUAAUAAACGGAGCUAUGCUCAUUUUUGGUGGAAACACUCAUAAUGAUACUUCCCUGAGUAAUGGUGCAAAGUGCUUUUCUGCUGAUUUUCUUGCAUAUGAUAUAGCUUGUGAUGAAUGGAAGAUCUUACCAAAACCUAAUCUGCAUCGAGAUGUCAACAGAUUUGGUCACACUGCUGUUGUCAGUAAUGGGUCCAUGUAUAUAUUUGGGGGUUUUUCAAGUGUUCUUUUGAAUGACAUCCUUGUGUACAAGCCUCCAAACUGUGAAGCAUUCAGAGAUGAAGAGCUGUGUAAAAACGCUCGUCCAGGGAUAAGGUGUCUGUGGAACAAGAAACACUGUGAAUCCUGGGAAUCUGGACAUGCUAAUAACAUCCUUAGAGCAAAGUGUCCUAAGAAAACAGCUGCUGCAGAUGACAGAUGUUACCGAUACGCGGACUGUGCGAGCUGUACUGCCAAUACAAACGGGUGCCAGUGGUGUGAUGACAAGAAGUGCAUUUCAGCAAAUAGUAACUGUAGCAUGUCAGUUAAAAACUACACCAAAUGUCAUGUGAGGAAUGAACAGAUCUGCAAUAAACUGACCAGCUGCAAAAGCUGCUCGCUACACCUGAACUGCCAGUGGGACCAGCGGCAGCAGGAGUGCCAGGCACUACCUGCUCAUCUGUGUGGGGAAGGAUGGAGUCAUAUUGGAGAUGCCUGCCUCCGCAUAAAUUCUAGUCGUGAAAGCUAUGACAAUGCCAAACUGUAUUGCUACAAUUUAAGUGGGAAUCUUGCUUCAUUAACAACCUCAAAAGAAGUUGAAUUUGUUCUGGAUGAAAUACAGAAGUAUACACUUCAGAAAAUUUCACCUUGGGUAGGUUUACGCAAGAUCAACAUCUCCUACUGGGGAUGGGAUGACAUGUCUCCUUUUACAAAUACAACUCUGCAGUGGCUUCCUGGAGAGCCAAAUGACUCUGGCUUCUGUGCAUAUCUAGAAAGAGCAGAGGUGGCAGGUCUGAAAGCGAAUCCGUGCACUGCAAUGGCAGAUGGUCUUGUGUGUGAAAAACCUGUCGUUAGUCCCAACCAGAAUGCCAGACCCUGCAAAAAGCCAUGCUCCCUGCGAACAACAUGUUCUAACUGCACGAGUAAUGGUAUGGAAUGUAUGUGGUGUAGCAGUACAAAACGAUGCGUUGACUCAAACGCUUAUAUAAUCUCCUUCCCAUAUGGACAGUGUCUAGAAUGGCAAACUGCCACAUGCUCCCCUCAAAACUGCUCUGGACUGAGGACCUGCGGACAGUGUUUGGAACAGCCUGGGUGUGGAUGGUGUAACGAUCCCAGUAACACUGGAAAAGGGCAAUGUUUGGAAGGAUCAUCAAGAGGCCCAAUGAAGCCUGCUGGCAUGCACUCUAAUGAAAUGGUGCUUGAUGCUAGUCUUUGUCCAAAAGAGAAAAAUUAUGAGUGGUCUUUUAUCCAGUGUCCAGCUUGCCAGUGUAAUGGCCACAGCACCUGCAUCAACAGUAAUGUCUGUGAUCAAUGUAGAAACUUAACAACAGGAAAACAAUGUGAAACGUGCAUGCCAGGAUAUUAUGGGGAUCCCACAAAUGGAGGACAGUGUACAGCUUGCACGUGCAGUGGACAUGCAAAUAUUUGUCACAUGCAAACAGGAAAAUGUUUCUGCACAACUAAGGGAAUCAAAGGAGACCAAUGUCAACUCUGUGACUCUGAAAAUAGGUAUCUUGGAAAUCCGCUUAGGGGAACAUGCUACUACAGUCUUUUGAUUGAUUACCAGUUCACCUUCAGCUUAUUACAAGAGGAUGAUCGCCAUCACACUGCCAUAAACUUUAUAGCAAAUCCAGAACAGUCAAAUAAAAAUUUGGAUAUAUCAAUUAAUGCAUCAAACAACUUCAACCUCAAUAUUACAUGGUCUAUUGGUUCUACAGCUGGAACAAUAUCUGGAGAAGAGAUUCCUGUUGUUUCUAAGGCUAAUAUUAAGGAAUACAGAGAUAGCUUUUCCUGUGAAAAAUUUAACUUUCGGAGCAACCCAAACAUCACUUUCUACGUCUAUGUCAGCAAUUUCUCCUGGCCAAUCAAAAUACAGAUUGCCUUCUCACAGCACAAUACUAUCAUGGAUCUGGUGCAGUUCUUUGUCACCUUCUUCAGUUGUUUCUUAUCCUUACUGCUGGUAGCUGCUGUCGUUUGGAAAAUCAAACAAACCUGUUGGGCUUCUCGACGGAGAGAGCAACUUAUGCGGGAGCGACAGCAGAUGGCCAGCCGCCCCUUUGCUUCUGUCGAUGUAGCACUGGAAGUAGGAGCUGAGCAAACAGACUUUCUACGAGGUCCAUUAGAGGGUGCUCCUAAACCGAUUGCCAUUGAGCCAUGUUCAGGAAAUAGAGCCGCAGUCCUCACGGUAUUUUUAUGUCUGCCCAGAGGAUCAUCAGGAGUCCCACCCCCUGGUCAGUCAGGUCUUGCAAUUGCAAGUGCACUGAUAGAUAUUUCACAACAGAAGCCUGCGGACUGUAAAGAUAAGAGUUCAGGAGUCAGAAAUCGAAAACAUCAUCUUUCAACACGUCAAGGAACUUGUGUCUGA